AUGGAAGCGAAAGAAAGUCCGCGGGCUAUCUCAAUUAAUUUCAAACAAUUAUCGUUUAAUAGGAAAUGCAGGAAAAUGACGAGAAAGCAAUGUCCACAAACGCGAGAUGGCGCCCUAAAUGUCCACAUUAUAGCCCACUCACACAUGGACGCUGGUUGGGUCAAAACCUUCGAUGAAUAUUACUAUGGGACUAAAACAAGCGUCAGCACAGCUAAUGUUCAAAUGAUUUUCCAUUCCGUUCUCUCGGAGUUAUUGCAUGACAAAAGACGGAAAUUCACUUUCUCAGAAACGGCAUAUUUCUGGCGCUGGUGGAAGGAACAGCGUGGGGCGACACGUGCCACCUUCAGGACCCUGGUGGCGGAAGGUCGGAUACAGUUUGCUGGAGGCGGUUGGGUGCAAGCCGAUGAAGCUACCACCCACUAUUUGCAUCUGAUUGAUCAAUAUACUUGGGGACUCAGAAAGAUUAACGAUACUUUAGGGCCGUGUGGAAAGCCCAGAGCCGCUUGGCAGAUUGACACCUACGGCCAUUCAAGGGAACAUACCUCACUCCUAGCUCAAAUGGGGUUUGAUGGCCUCUUUAUAGGAAGAGUUGAUCACAAGCAAAGAGAAUCAAUGAUAGAAGAAGAUAGAAUGGAAUUUAUGUGGAGGGGGAGUGACAUUCUGGGUAAAAUGUCAGACAUCAUGACUCACACGUUGUACAAUGUUUACAACGCCCCAGACGGGUUCUGCUUCGACUUCCUCUGCAACGAUGAGCCAAUUGUCGACGAUCCUGAUAGCAAAGUCUUCAACGCCGAUAAGAGAGUGAACGAUUUUAUUAGGCAAAUCGAGCGUCAAGCGAAGUAUUAUGACCACGAUAACUUGGUGGUGAUGAUGGGAGGAGAUUUCACUUACCAGAGCGCUGCCAACUGGUUUAUGAACAUAGACAAACUUAUCAACCAUAUAAACUCUCACCCAGCGAAUGUGUCCGAUAUUAACAUUUUCUACUCAACUCCGUCUUGUUAUUUGAAAUCGAUUUAUUUAUAUGGCAAGAGAGAUAAGGCUGUUUACACGGAAAAGGUAGAUCACCUGCCUUACGGUAGUGAUCCAAAUACGUACUGGACGGGAUUCUUCACCUCAAGACCCAGCCUAAAAUAUUUGGCAAUAAGAGCACAUGUAUUUUUGCAGAUAGUAAAACAACUGACAGUUCUGUCGAGAAUGAGUGAUUUCUACGAACUUCAUCUCUUGAGGCAUGCUGUUAGCCUAGUCCUGCACCACGACGCUAUUACAGGUACAAGUCAACAGCACGUUGCGAAUGAAUUCACGAGCCUACUAUCAGAAGCCAUCGAUUUAUGUACUAAGAAGGUUUCACAGUUUUUAAGUAUUCUAACCCCGGCAUGGGGUGGAAACAGACGAACAAAAACAAACCAACAAUUUAUCGUUUGCCACCAACUGAACAUUAGUCAGUGUCGGUUCACGGAAACACAAGAUUCUAUGCUUCUACUGGUAUACAAUCAGUUAAGCGUCAAAACGUAUUACCAUGUCAGAUUACCAGCGAUCGCUUUGCAUUACUCUAUAAGGGAUUUUAACGACGAAGAAGUCGAGUACCAACUGGUACCCCUUCCAGCGUCCAUCAUAAAUCUUCCCGGAAGAAAGUCCACUGCCAUUCAAGAAUUGUGCUUCGAGGCUGAGAAUAUCCCACCGCUGGGAUUUACAGCGUAUUACAUUACUCCUAUUAGGGACCAGUUGAUUAAAAAUACAUUUCAGGCUGAAGGGGCGUUCAUAAAAAAGAGUCAGUCAAAUGAUGCUGAUGCAGAAGUAGCGCCUUUUAUUUCUAACGAAUACUUAAAACUUACGGUGAAUGAAAAGACGGGACUUUUGGAAUCAAUACAGCAUCUAGAUGGGUUGAAGAUACAAAUUUCACAGAACUUCUACUUCUACACUCAGGGUCAGCAAGGGUUGCAGUCUGGGGCCUAUAGUUUUCGUCCUGACAAGGGUCCUAUUCCGGUUACGGAUCAAGUAACGUACCACACCGUUCGCGGGUCUAUAGUGAAGGAGAUUCGACAAAGAUUCUCUGAUUGGAUUACUCAGAUCAUUCGUCUGUACCGCGGCGAGGAGUUCGUGGAAUUCGAAUGGAUUGUCGGCCCUGUUCCUAUUGGGAAAGAUGUGGGUAAGGAAGUAGUAAGUAUAUUUAAGAGCAACAUAAGCAACAACGGGUUGUUCUAUACUGAUUCGAAUGGACGCCAGAUGAUAAAGAGAUCCUGCUGGAAUGAAACAGCUAGCCAUCCCCAAAAGAAACCAAUCGCAGCAUGCUUCUAUCCUGUGACGUCACGCAUAUGCAUAGAUUCAAUUAACAGCAGCGUGGAGCUUUGUGUGCUGACAGACAGGAGUCAGGGUGGCACUUCGUAUAACGAUGGAGAAGUUGAGCUAAUGGUAAACCGCUCCAUUAGAAGUAUCGUAAAUAAUGAUGAAUGGAAUAUUUCUACUCUCUCUGACAAGCAUAGGUUUGAUGAAAUAUCGACGAAAAAGGUGCAUCGUCGCCUUCUAACAGACGAUGGUUUUGGUCUUGAAGAAACGUUGAAUGAAGAAGCGUUUGGAGUAGGUCUCGUUGUUAAGGGGAGGCAUAGGAUCUAUUUUGGUAAUUCACAAGAUGUUGACGAUUUGUCGUUCUCUGAACGCGCUUCCCAACUGGCUCGACGGUGGAUGUACGAGCCAUGGGUCUUUAUGGCGCCAGGUGAAAAAAUCAACAGGAGAAAAUGGCAGAAUGUUAGGAACAAACGGUAUUCAUCACUUCGGCUUCACGGUCUUCCACGUCACAUCCAUAUUGUCACAUUAGAACCAUGGAAAGCUGGAUCGGUUUUGCUAAGGCUGGAAAAUGCGUUGGAAAAAAAUAAAGGCUUAAAACCAGAUAAAGAUGUACCAGACGACAUAACAAAUUCCCACAUUUCUGUGGACCUGCAGAAGAUAUUCUUGCAGUUGAGAAUUAAAAUGGUUCGAGAGACGACGUUAGGAGCCAACCAGUGGUUGGAUGAAGCUAGGCAAAUGGAUUGGAGCACUCG